CCUGGAACGGUGAUUAGACUCCAGAGUGUCCAGACCAGCCGCUUCUCUGCAGACAUGGCGCAGCCACGGGCCCUGUUAGCGUUCGCCAUCUUUUGUUCAGCUUUCGUCGCCGCCCGAGCAGCCGCACCCAAUGCGACCUGUGACCUGCUGUUUGACGGCACCCCAAUCAGCGACUCCAGCUGGUAUAGCGUCCUCAAUGUGUCCAGAUACGUGGGCAACCUCAAGGACGACACGGCUGCUGAAGCAGAGUAUCUGGUGCUCACCACCCAGGAGGUGACCGCCUUCACCUUCAACACCCCGUCCGACUACGUCGACGUGAGGUUCGACAAUCCCCCCAUCACGCUGAAACUUGUCGUCAUGGAGGCGUUCACCAAUUAUGAAGAGGACAUGAUCUCUGCCACAGAUCCGUCCAUAAUCGACGUCGGAGUCCAGUUUAGUUGCAGUGAUGGGAACACCGUUCCGUUUAUCUUCAGGAUCACAGUGGAGGACGUGAACAACCAUGCGCCGGUGUUCGAACAGUCCAGCUACAACUGCAGCCUGCCGAUGCCCUACCCACCGGACAGCGACCUCUCCUCCUUUAUGGUUGAGAUCAACGUGCAGGACAUAGACUUCAGUAAUCAAGCCAUCACCAUCCAUUUCGACGAAGAGGGAGAGCAGCUGUUCACAGCAGAAGCGACCUACCAGGGGAACAGAGACUACGCCGUUCAGCUGUACAGCAAAGCGACGAUCAACCUCGCAGAGACGACAAACUUCACUAUGACGGCUGUGGACAGCGGUACCCCAGCAUUGACAUCUGAUCCGGUCACCAUCGUCGUAAGUGCAUACAGCGUCAACUAGAAACAGCACAAGAAAAAUCGUCGCAUCCGAUAAGCAGUCUUGUGACACAGAGGCAAGCUGAGAAGAACAUUAAGGACAAGAUAAUUAAGGACUCAUCAAUGCUUGUUAUUCAAACAAAAACUAAACAACACAUCGCUAAAUAAACAGCAGUUAUUGUACAUCUUAGAAUAAGUUGUAUGACAAUUAUAAUUUCAUGUGUCAUCU